CUCGGAGCUUGUCGCGUAACCCCAACUACCCACGAGUGACCCCAGCUUGGACCACCCCUAGCAUGGAGAAACACGGUAUUACGUCCGACCGUCGCUCUGGCAGCUCUUUUGGCAGUGACGGGGUUCGUGUGAGUCAUGACGUGGUGAACGCCGAAGAUACCGUGCCGGGUCACCAGCUGGACGUGGAGCUCGCAGAGCUACGAGGCCCCGAGGAUCUCGAGAAGAUCGAAACGCGCGGAAGUGUCAAGAGCAAGAUCAGUCGGAUAUUGAGCGCCGCCAGCGGCCGGAAUAAAGACGGAGGACUGCGCCAGGAACCCAUCCCGACGUCGAAUCUCGAAGAAGGCAUCGUGGGGUGGGACGCCCAAGAUGACCCCGAAUAUCCGAUGAAUUUCUCGGCGUGGAAGAAGUGGUUGCUGCUGGGUCUGAUCGCGCUGGUCACGCUCACCACACCGUUCGCGUCGUCUAUCCUGUCGCCUGCUAUCGGUAGUGUUGACCGGGAGUUUGGAAAUGACGAUAUCGCGAUCGGCUCCAUGACGGUUAGCAUUUAUCUCGUCGGCUAUGUGAUCGGACCGCUGUUUCUGGCGCCCCUGUCGGAGAUCUAUGGGCGGCGGUUGGUUCUGGCUGCGGCGAAUCUGUUCUUCUGUGUGUGGCAGAUUGGAUGCGCGUUGGCUCCGAAUUUGGCAGCUCUCAUUGUUUUCCGGCUGCUCACUGGGAUUGGGGGCGCGGGGUGUAUUACACUGGGUGGAGGUGUGAUAUCAGACAUGUUUCGCACGGACCAGCGGGGUUUCGCCAUGGGUUUCUGGACUCUGGGUCCGCUGUUUGGUCCUAUUCUUGGACCACUCGUGGGCGGCUACGUGACCCAGACCAUCGGCUGGCGUUGGGAUUUCUGGAUCAUCCUCAUGCUGGGCGGUGUCCUGACCGUGGUGCUUGAGAUAUUCAACCGCGAAACGAACCACCGUAUCCUCAUCCAGCACAAGGUAGCCCGUCUGCGCAAAGAGCUGGGACGUGACGACCUGAAAAGCUGCUACGAAGGCGGCGCAGACGCCCAGAACCGUACGCAGGUUCUCCUAAACGGCCUCAUCCGCCCGAUCAAGCUGCUCGCCCUAUCCCCCCUCGUCUUCUUCCUCUCCCUAUAUAUAGCCUUCGUCUACGGCGUGCUCUACCUCCUCUUCACGACGAUCCCCACCGUCUUCGAAUCCGUCUACGGCUUCAGCAUCGGCUCCACAGGCCUCGUCUAUCUCUCCCUCGGCCUGGGUAACUUCAUCGGCUGGUUCCUAAUCACGCUCUACUCCGACAAGAGCGUCGUCAAGCUAGCCAAAGCCAACGGCGGCCGCUUCAAGCCCGAGAUGCGUCUCGCAAUCAGCAUCUUCUCCGGCUUCUUCCUCCCCAUCACCUUCUUCUGGUACGGCUGGUGUGCCUACUACAAAACGCACUGGAUCCUGCCCAUCAUUGCGCUCGCGCCUUUCGGCUUCGGCAUUAUGGGCUUGUUCUUGCCGAUUCUGACCUACCUCGUCGACUGCUACCCCAUGUAUGCGGCGUCUGCGAUAGCAGCUAACACCGUCCUCCGCAGUCUAGUGGGUGCGUUCCUCCCUCUCGCCGGGCCGUCCAUGUAUGAGACUCUGGGGCUGGGCUGGGGGAAUUCGCUGCUAGGGUUUAUUUGUAUCGGGAUGAUUCCUCUGCCUAUUGUAUUCUAUAAGUAUGGUGAGCGACUGAGAAAGGUGCAGCGCUUUACGCUUUGAUAUGAUUUAGCAUUGCCUGUCCAGCCUGCUCGGGUGAUAAAAUAUUAGUAUUACCGUCACGCUGGAUUUGAAUAAAAGUUGACCAUAGCUUAUUGCAUACACUGGAGCUUUGUACCCUUCCACCCCAUGACAUGCAUUGUAUGACUAUCAGAACAAUUUUUCUUUGCCAACCAAACAUAGGCCCGCUUCUCUGGCACCUCAGCCCAAUGC